AUGAAUAUUCCUUCUAUGAAGUGUAACUCAGAUUCACUGUGUACUGGGAUUCACUGUCUACUGGAAUUCACUGUGUACUGGGAUUCACUGUGUACUGGAAUUCACUGUGUACUGGGAUUCACUGUGUACUGGAAUUCACUGUCUACUGGGAUUCACUGUGUACUGGGAUUCACUGUGUACUGGGAUUCACUGUGUACUGGAAUUCACUGUGUACUGGGAUUCACUGUGUACUGGGAUUCACUGUGUACUGGGAUUCACUGUGUACUGGGAUUCACUGUGUACUGGGAUUCACUGUGUACUGGGAUUCACUGUGUACUGGGAUUCACUGUGUACUGGAAUUCACUGUCUACUGGGAUUCACUGUGUACUGGGAUUCACUGUGUACUGGGAUUCACUGUGUACUGGGAUUCACUGUGUACUGGGAUUCACUGUGUACUGGGAUUCACUGUGUACUGGGAAAAGCGUGUACUGGGAAAAGCGUGUGUACUGGGAUUCACUGUGUACUGGGAUUCACUGUGUACUGGGAAAAGCGUGUACUGGGAUUCACUGUGUACUGGGAUUCACUGUGUACUGGGAUUCACUGUGUACUGGGAAAAGCGUGUGUACUGGGAUUCACUGUGUACUGGGAUUCACUGUGUACUGGGAAAAGCGUGUGUACUGGGAUUCACUGUGUACUGGGAUUCACUGUGUACUGGGAAAAGCGUGUGUACUGGGAUUCACUGUGUACUGGGAUUCACUGUGUACUGGGAUUCACUGUGUACUGGGAUUCACUGUGUACUGGGAAAAGCGUGUGUACUGGGAUUCACUGUGUACUGGGAUUCACUGUGUACUGGGAAAAGCGUGUGUACUGGGAUUCACUGUGUACUGGGAUUCACUGUGUACUGGGAUUCACUGUGUACUGGGAAAAGCGUGUGUACUGGGAUUCACUGUGUACUGGGAAAAGCGUGUGUACUGGGAUUCACUGUGUACUGGGAAAAGCGUGUGUACUGGGAUUCACUGUGUACUGGGAUUCACUGUGUACUGGGAUUCACUGUGUACUGGGAAAAGCGUGUGUACUGGGAUUCACUGUGUACUGGGAUUCACUGUGUACUGGGAAAAGCGUGUGUACUGGGAUUCACUGUGUACUGGGAUUCACUGUGUACUGGGAUUCACUGUGUACUGGGAAAAGCGUGUGUACUGGGAUUCACUGUGUACUGGGAAAAGCGUGUGUACUGGGAUUCACUGUGUACUGGGAAAAGCGUGUGUACUGGGAUUCACUGUGUACUGGGAUUCACUGUGUACUGGGAUUCACUGUGUACUGGGAAAAGCGUGUGUACUGGGAUUCACUGUGUACUGGGAUUCACUGUGUACUGGGAAAAGCGUGUGUACUGGGAUUCACUGUGUACUGGGAUUCACUGUGUACUGGGAAAAGCGUGUGUACUGGGAUUCACUGUGUACUGGGAUUCACUGUGUACUGGGAAAAGCGUGUGUACUGGGAUUCACUGUGUACUGGGAUUCACUGUGUACUGGGAUUCACUGUGUACUGGAAUUCACUGUCUACUGGGAUUCACUGUGUACUGGGAUUCACUGUGUACUGGGAAAAGCGUGUACUGGGAUUCACUGUGUACUGGGAAAAGCGUGUGUGUCCUCCUUUAACUUUAUACUCAGGUUAAAGAAAGAUGUGUACCAAUAAAGUUCAUGUGAUUAUUAUGUAAAUAAUCUUUCCUAAGACGCAAUUCAAUGUUUCUGAUAGUGUGUUGGUUUUUAGAUAUUAACAUCUUCCUUUGCUAAUCUUUUUUUUCUAAUUUAUGAUAGAAAAUAAAUCUACUAAAGUCUGUUGGAUUUGAGGAAAUAAAAGCUUGAAUUUGCAGUUCUUUAAAAA